AGAUUUGAAGGCUGCCAGCUUGUUGUAUGUUGCGAUGUGACUAUAAACACAAGUUGGCAGCACUGAACUGGUACACAUGUGCGUUUGAACUGCAAAACGAGAACUGCAUAAAAUAAACGUUAUUCAUUCGUCAAGUGGCAACUAGAAACAUUGUGAAUUAAAAUGGUUAAAAAGAAAAUAGAUAAUCGCAUACGCGUAAUGAUUGAGAAUGGAGUAAAGCUGGGCCACCGCACCAUGUUCAUCAUCAUCGGCGACAAGGCGCGCGAUCAAGUCCCAAUUCUCUAUGACAUUCUGACCAAGUCGACGGUCAAGGCUCGUCCGACGGUUCUCUGGUGCUACAAAAACAAGGAUGAGGCUAUUUCCAAUCACGGCAAGAAGCGGGCCAAGAAAAUCGCCGCUGGAAAAGUGGAUGUGAAUGAGGCGGAUUUGUUUGAUUCGUUCCGUGUGGCGACCACAAUCCAUGGUCGCUACUACGAUGAGACACAUGCCAUACUGGGUCGCACAUAUGGCGUCUGUGUGCUGCAGGACUUUGAGGCAUUGACACCAAAUCUUCUAGCACGCACUGUGGAAACCGUCGAGGGAGGAGGCUUAAUUAUACUCCUCCUGAAGACGCUGCAGUCCCUGAAGCAGCUGUAUACCAUGAGCAUGGAUGUGCACAAGCGUUUCCGUACCGAGGCUCAUCAGACGGUCACUUGUCGAUUCAACGAACGUCUGAUACUCUCACUGGCGGAUUGCAAGCGCUGCCUGGUGGUCAACGAUGAUUUGACCGUGUUGCCGCUCAGCUCCAAAACCAUCAAUGUGGAGCCAGUGAAUCCCGGCAGCAUUGGCAAGUCGGAGAACGAGAGCAGCCUGAAAGAGCUGAAGGAAAGCCUGUUGAAUGCCCAACCAGCUGGUGCUCUGGUCAAUCUCUGCAAGACCUAUGACCAGGGCAAUGCAGUGGCCCAGUUUAUUGAGGCCCUGGUGGAUAAGCAACUGAAGCCACCGAUUUCAUUGACCGCCGCACGUGGACGCGGCAAAUCCGCCGCUAUGGGUCUGUCCAUAGCUGCCGCCGUGGCCUUCAACUAUGUGAAUGUGUAUGUAACAUCGCCACAUCCCGAGAAUUUGAUCACACUCUUUGAGUUCGUGCUGAAGGGCUUCGAUGCACUGGAGUAUCAGGAACAUGCCGACUACACAAUCAUUCGCAGCACCAAUCCCGACUACAAGAAGGCCAUCAUCCGCAUCAACAUCACCCGGAGUAGCCGACAGACCAUACAGUAUAUUGCUCCCAAUGAUACGCAUCUGUUGAACGCCGCCGAUCUGCUGCUGAUCGAUGAGGCGGCUGCCAUUCCCCUGCCGCUCGUCAAGAAGAUGAUGGGUCCCUAUUUGAUCUUUAUGGCCAGCACGAUCAAUGGCUACGAGGGCACUGGACGCUCCCUCAGCUUGAAGCUCAUCUCGCAGCUGCAGAAGGAGAACAAUGCACGUCCCCCACUUAAGCUGGAUGAAUCGAUUCGUUACCAAUCCAACGAUGACAUCGAGCGUUGGCUAAUCAAUCUCCUCUGCCUGGACGCCAGCAGUGUGCCGGCGAUUAGCUCGGGUUGCCCCACUCCCGAUGCCUGUGAGCUGUAUUACAUCGAUCGCGAUGCUCUGUUCUCGUACCACAAGGCGGCCGAAAGCUUCCUGCAUCGCUUGGUGUCCAUCUAUGUGUCCUCGCAUUACAAGAACACUCCCAACGAUCUGCAGAUGAUGAGCGAUGCACCUGCCCAUCAUUUGUUCUGCCUGCUGGGUCCGGUACAGACCAUGGAUCAGCUGCCCGAGAUUCUUGUAGUUGUUCAGGUCGCGCUCGAGGGUCAAAUCUCAGCACAGAGCAUCAGCGAGUCUCUGGGACGCGGCAAGAAAGCUGCCGGCGACCUCAUACCCUGGAACAUUGCCGAGCAGUUCGGAGAUCGCGGAUUCCCCAAGAUCUCCGGUGUGAGGAUCGUGCGCGUGGCAACUCAUCCCAAUUACCAGCGCAUGGGAUACGGCAAGCGGGCCAUUCAGUUGCUCAAGGAUUACUAUGGGCAACGGCAUGCCAAGCUGGAUGAUGUCAGUUUCAAACCCAACCAAGCUGGCAUUGAGGAAGUGGAGGAGGAGGAGCUGAGUCUGCUCAAGGAACAGAUACGACCACGCAGUCGAGUUCCAAUUCUGCUGCAGCGUCUGCAUGAACGUGCACCGGAACCGGUUGAAUACAUUGGCACCUCCUACGGCCUUACCGCGGAUCUACUCAAAUUCUGGAAGAGCGCCGGCUUUGUGCCCGUCUAUCUAAGCCAAAAGUCCAACGAGCUGACCGCCGAGCACACGUGCAUCAUGCUGCACAUGCUGGAGUUGCGAGAUCAUAACUGGCUGCCACUCUACUAUCAGGAUUUCCGAAGACGCGUCCUCAAGCUGAUGGGCAAAACAUUCAGGGAGUUUGACACGAAACUCUGCCUGUCGCUGUUGAAGAACAAGUCGGUGGAGGAUGGGAAAUGCCAGCUGGACAAGAGUAUCCUUGACGCAUACUUUCUACCCCACGACCUGCAGCGACUGGAGAGCUAUUGCCGCCAGCAAUCAGAGUUUCGUCUGAUUCUCGAUCUGCUCCAGGACACAAGCUGUAUUCCAGGGUGGCCGCUCAAUCGGAGUGGCUACGAAUCUGCCAAUGAGCUGCCGCGUGGCGAGAAACUGAAGCCGCUGUCCCUGUCCCUCGACAAGGAGCUGGAGAAGACGGCCCACAAGAUAACCAAGCAGCAGCAAAAGGAACUGGAGCGUCUCAUCGCCGAGGCGCAGGACGAGGCGCCUCCCGAGAACUUGUCUCUGCAGGAAUUGAGCGAAGCAAACAGUUCCAUGAGUGGAAUAGGAAAUUCUAAGCGACAACCUGGAGGCAAAUUCAAAAAGAGGAGAUUGGAGGAGGAAAAUCAGAAAAAGACGAAGAAACGAGCCGGAAACAAAUCUCUGAUUUAGUUCUUCCAUUUCUUUUUAGCUUGUUUUAUAUAAGUUUUCGUAAUAAUAAAAAAAAAGAAUCGACGUAGACUAAAUUUUAA